GUGGCAGGAUGGUGGAGCAGGCAAGAAGCUUCAUAGCUGUAGGACUGGGUGUUGCAGCUUUUGCAUUUGCAGGUCGCUGUGUAUUUCAGAUCUGGAAACCUCUGGAACAAGUAAUCACAGAAACUGCAAAGAAGAUUUUAACUCCUAGCCUUUCAUCCUAUUAUAAAGGAGGAUUUGAACAGAAAAUGAGUAGGCGAGAAGCUAGUCUUAUUUUGGGUGUAAGCCCAUCUGCUGGCAAGGCCAAGAUUAGAACAGCUCACAGGAGAAUCAUGAUUUUGAAUCACCCAGAUAAAGGUGGAUCUCCAUACUUAGCAACCAAAAUAAAUGAAGCAAAGGACUUGCUGGAAGAAACCACCAAACAUUGAUUGAUGCUCAAGGACUACAAUGAAGGAAAAAAAGGGGGUGCUUAAAAAACAAAGUCCUUUGUAUUUAAUCUAAACCACCACUGACCAUCAUAAUUCCCAUACAUGUACAUGUGCUAACCCUAAAUAAUUUAUUCCGCUGUUAUGUGGUAUAAUAAUAAAAGAUUAAUAAUCUGUCUUUUUAUUAUCUUUUAAAAGAACACCUUAAAAUUCUAUAAGUGAUCUUUUUUUCUUACUGUCUUACUUUCUCUGUGAUAAUCAUACAUUUUAAUAUUUCUGUUCUAUUAGUUUAAAAUUCCCCAUAUUCUUCUCCCUCACAAAAAGUAUCCAAAAAAUAUGAUCCUCAAUAAUGUAAUUGGUAUUUGUGAGCAAUAAAUAGAAAUGUCUUUACUGUUUAUACAGGGGAGGCAAAAGUAGGUUUACAGUUGCAUUGAAUUUUUUUGAGUUAAUAAAGUUACUGUAAAUCUACUUUUGCCUAUUCCUAUGUUUAUACUCACAUUGUCCCUGUUUUCUCAGAGAAAUUUAGUACUCUGUUGUUUAAGGGGCUUUAAAUGUUUUGAGACCAAACACAGACUGCUAUCCCAUGGGGAAAUGAUCUGAAACUUAAUGGAAUUUACAGAAUGGUAUUUUCUGAAGUAGUGGUUAGGACUCGUUAAAGAACUCUGCUCUCUCUGAGACCCUAUAGCUGAAGCAUGAGAACUUGGAGAGCUACUAAAAUGAUUAAAGAUUUACAAAAUGAGCCCUAUGAGGAAAGGCUGAAAGAGCUGUGAGAAGUCUGAGGAGUUUGUAUUUAAUUAUAGUCUUCCGGUACUGUAUAUUUAUUCAAUUAUUCAUUCAGAUAUUCAUUGACCACUUACAAUGUGUAGGAUGCUGUUGUGGGCCCUGUGGGAGUUACAGGUGUGAACCAGACAUAGAUCCUGACCCAAAGGGUCUUAUAUUUCGAAAAAAGAUAAAUCACAUGAAUACUAUUAGAGAUGUAUAGAUGAUAUGCUAAGGAAGUUAAAGAGAAGAAAGGAAUAUUUUAAACUGAGAGCAUUGAGGGAGCUCCAUAGAGUAAGUGGCAUAGAUCUGGGCUUUAAAAACAAUAAGCGAUAUUGUUUUUAUAUGAUUGGAAAGUCAGUACAUUUCUUUUGAGAUCAGUCAGAAGAGUAGAAAUGGGAUAUUUAUUGUGAAUAGAGUGUGGGGUUUCUCAAAAGCAAAGGGUUGACAUAUGGUGUUGAGGGGCUGGCCCUGUGAUUUACACUGCAUUAAAUUAUUUCCUUAAAACAGCCACUGGUCAUCAUCACUUUACUAUUCCAAAGGUGAGAAAACAGAUUCAGAUACAGAGUUACCAGCAUUAUUUUCUAGCAUGUACUACUUUACAAAUUCUGAGUUCAUCCCAGAUAAACUGAACUACUGUAUUUUAUCUAUCUAAAAAUAAUUUUUAAUAUCUAGAUGCAUCUUUGGUUUAUUGCAUCCUGUAGUUCGGAAGUUCUCCAUGUUGGCAAUAUUAUCAGUAUUGAGUUGAAUCAUUCCUGUUGUGGGAGCUCUCCUGUGCAAUGUUGGGCGAUUGGCAAAAUCCAUGCUUGUAUCUGCUAAAGACCAGUAGCACCCCCUCAGUUGUGACAACUACAAAUGUUUACAGACAUUGCCAAAUGAUCCCGGGGGGUGCAAACUUGCCCCUGGUUGAGAGCCAUGCUAUAAAUGUGUAGUAUGUUUUCUUUUGGUACAUAAACUAAUGGCCUGACUUAAAGUUGAUUGAAUUUCAGAGUUAGUAAAAUAUCAUUCUUGCUUUAAAGUCUCCUUGCACAUCCUAAUUUUAUUGCGCUUCAGUGUUUUUCAUUUUUCUGCUCACUGUUAUCUUUGUACCUUAGAUGCCCUUCUAAUCCUCAGAUCUUCAUAUGCUCAAAGUCUAGAGGUCCCUGAAGGCCAAGCUAAAAUGUAUCUCUUCUUUCCUGGUGCUUCCAGUAAAAGUAAUAUGAAUCAACUCUCGGAGAGCAGAGACCAUAUCUUUCUUGUUUACUGCCACAUUGGCACCCAGUAAAUAUUGGUUGAAUGAAUGAAUGAAUAUAUUUCCACACCACUUUAUUGCUCACUUUAUAGUACUUAUAUCUUGGUACUGUGUGUAAUAUGCCUUAUUUCUCCAUUAAAGAACCUUUUGAGCAAAAA